CACAAUGCAAAGAUAUGUGGAGAAAGUUGCGGAACUGUUAUUUAAACGCUAUUAAUAGACGACAAGGCAAGAACAUUCCGAAAUGGAAAUAUGAAGACGAAAUGUCAUUUUUAUUGCCAUUCAUUGAAAUACGAUCGCCUGAAAAUGAUACGGAACUGCACUCGCAAUCUUCAAGUCUUAGUAACCUAUCUGUCUCAUAUAAUGAAGGAAAUGUGGACAAUUCAAUGUUUUCGGAGAGAGAAGAUAGUCCAGAAAUGAUUCUACCAGGAACAUCUAACUUAAUACCGAAGAAAGAACCGGAGGAUGAAAUGCAUGAUGUGUUGCCAGCUCCUAAACGCAAAAUAAAUUUUCGUCGGGAUCGAGUGGUGGAACGCCCUGUGUCGAACACUGUGCACGAUGAGACUGAAAUGUUUUUUCUAAGUAUAUCUGAGACCGUCAAAAGACUGCCACCUAUCGAUCAAGCGAAAAUAAAAAUGGAACUCUGUAAAUUAGUAUAUGAAGCAGAAAUUCGACAACUAGAAUCUCGAUCUGGAAAUUUAUAGCGACUAGCUUAAAUUAUUUUAAUUCAAUAACCUUAAAUAAUUUAUGCCAAUCGCUAUUUAAUUCAAGCUUAAAUAGCGAUUGGCAUAAAUUAUUUAAGGUUUAUCAAUGAUCUCUGCUGUUAAUUGCAAGUUUAAAAACCAUUAUUUACCAAAGAAAUACUCAUCUGAAACAAACUGGUUUCUUUUAGAUUUAAAAUCUAUGCUUGUAAUAUGUUAUUUUUAUUAAUAUGUUACGUUAUCUUUGUGAUAGGUAUCUAAUAAUCUUUGGAAUUCCAUUUGUGGCUCGAAAUAUAUUAGAGCUAUUAUGCAUUUCGAAAAUUAUAUCCAUUCGAAUUCUUGCAUAGUUAUAGAACUACCAGUUUGUUAAAAUGACGAUUUUAAAUGUAAUGAAACUAAAUACAUGUUCAGUAUUAAUGUUAAAUUCACGUUUGUAUAAAACUGCAAAGUAUCUUUUCAGAAACUAUGCAUUUUGCCAUUUAAAGGCGCGUUAAUGUCCAGUGUUAACGUUUUUAUUUAUUUCGACUGAUAUCAAAGCACGAUAAAACUAAAUUUAUGUAUAAUUACUUACAUAUAAUAUCACAUUAUGUCGCUUAUGUUAAUAUUCUUCAAAGAUUCAUAUUAUAAAGAGUACUUGAGUGAAUCAGAAAUGUGGCUACAAUAUAUAAAUGAAUGUAUAUUGUAAAUAGAAUGUGAUUUGUAUAUUAAACUAGAAAUUUGUACUAAGAUGGCGCUGAGCAUUCAGCAGCUGAUUGCAGCUGCAUCGUGGGGGCAGUUGCAUACCCUAUUGAUCAUGAGGCAUGAAAGCGAAGAGAUGUGAUUUUAACUUACGAGGACGUGACUUCACAGCAGAAGACCGGUUGCUCGUUCAGCCAUCGUUUUGCUUUUUCAUUUACAGUAAGACCCCGCUUAACGCGGGGGGGAUACGUUCCAUCAAAGUAGAGCGUAAUGCGAAACAGCGCUAAACGAGGCUAUCUUUACAUGUAAAUAUUGAGGUUAGGGAAAGAUGGCUAGG